AUGGCAGCGACAGAGGAAGCGACUGCGGCGCGGGUCGAGUCUGCGACGGCGGCGGGAGAGGCUGGCCCGGUCAUGAUCCUCAACGCAGAGAUGGCCAAGCUGCUCAUGGCCGACUUUACCGAGAACGAUUGGAAGUCGCAGCAGGAGCGCAACAGCGCGGCAAACGUGCUGCGGUACGUGGUCCAUGCCGAGCACGCACCGAGCAAGCCCGACGACCAGCUGACAGAGUUCCUUGCUGCCGCUAGCGAGCUCGGGCUCUCCCAGUUUGAGACUGUCCAGAUCGCCAACCUUCGCCCGGACAACCUCGCGCUGCUGAGCAACAUCCUCGGAGUCCAGAUCGGCGCCGCCAAUCCAAAGCAUGACCUCGACGCAGUCUUGGCCAUGAUUGGCAAGUUCCUCCCCUUUGACGAGGACGACGACGAGUACGACGAGUAUGACGAGGACGGCGACGAGGAUGGCGACGAGGACGGCGACGAGAAUGGCGAGGAUGGCGAGGACGACCAAGAAGACGAAGGCUUCUGCGGUGGAUGCGGAGUCAAGCUGCAGAGCCAUGCACAGGCGCGCGCCGGCUAUGUCCCGCCGCAUGUACUCGAUGAGUUUGGCCGCGGGCUGAACCGGGUCGAGAUGGCGUGCUCGCGGUGUUGGGCGCUGGCAGCACAUGGUUCGGAGGAGCGCGGUGGGCGGAGCAACGAGACUGAUGCGGCGCGGGCGGCGCGGCUGAGCGCGGUGCUGGCGGAGAAGGGCAUGCCUCGCGGCGGGCGGCGGCGGCGUGUGCUCGAGGCGCAUCUGGCGGGGAUGGAGGGCGGCGGCAGUGAGAGGAGUACGGCAGCCGAGCAGACGGGUGGAGAGAGCGACGAUGCCGAGUGGUGGAAGGUGCCGAGCGUGGAGCAGGUCAAGGCGAACGCGGAUCGGCAGAUGCAGCGGAUGCGCGACAAGGGCGCGCUGGUGGUUCUCGUCGUCGACAUGCUCGACGUAGAGACGUCACUGCUGUCUGCGGCGCUACCGCGGCUUGUGGGAAGCGGGAACAAGGUGGUAAUUGCAGCGACCAAGGCCGACGUCCUCCCGCACGGUGGCAUCCAGUACCGCGAGCGGCUGGCCAAGUGGGUGCGACGGGUGGCCAAGUCGACGCUCCCGAGCGAGACGUACGAGCUGGUGGCUUCGGUCGUGCUGUGCUCGGGCAAGAACGCGGUUGGGCUUGCGCCGUUGGUGACCAAGCUCAACGCACUGCGCGGCGACAAGGACGUGUACGUUGUGGGCGCUGCCAAUGCCGGCAAGUCGACGCUGAUCAACACGCUCCGGGCACGGUUUACUGGGAUGGAGCCGCUGCGGCGCAACGUGCUGACGGUAGCACCGCUUCCGGGCACGACGCUGCGAUCUGUGCCUGUCCCGCUUGACGAGGGCUCGACACUGUACGACACACCGGGCGUGCUCAAAACGCCAUCUGUUGCGGCGCUGGUCCAGGGCGCGCUGCCGUCGGCCGACGCGGCCGAGCUCUUCCGCGAGCUCGCGGUCCGCAAGCCGAUCAAGCCUGUGGCGGCGCGGCUGGUGCCGGGCAAGCCACUUGUGCUUGGCGCAGGCGCGUGCGAGAUUGUGUCGCACGGGCGGGCGCCGGUGCCUGUGGCGGUCUACGCCUCACCGGCGCUCCCGAUGGCAACCGCCGGCGUCCACCAAGGCAGCGAGCGUGUGCGAAGCCUGUUCCGGGCAGCGCUGGCGGCGCUGCCGCACGGCAGCGAGCCGCAGCAGGUGGUCAUCGGUGACGAGUACACCCGGCACGUGCGGCGAUCGGUGCGGGUCGCCGCCGACGUCAGCCUGCCCGGGCUGGGGUGGCUGGCGGUCGGCGCCCGUGAGCCUGCAGCGCUGAGCAUCCGGCUGCCGGGAGGAGUUGCCGCGCACCUCCGGCCUGCGAUGUUUCCGUUUGAUAUGGCACGGUAA